ACUUAUCUCACCACAAAUCUCUCCGUAGUCCCAACUGAACAUAACAACCUUAAGGUGCCUAGUCAGUUAGUGCCUAGUCAUCUCGAAUUGAGUGCUGUUCCAGCCACAGCGGGGACUGUUCCCUGUCAAGCUUGACCUUAAGAACACUAAACUGUUAUAUCCAUGGAAGUUCUCCCUUCGACGUCAUUUCUUCAAGCUGUUUUAAGAGGACAUUUCAGAUAAUUCAUCUUGUAGAACGGCCGAGAUUAGUCAUAGGUAAUGCUAACACAAGCAUUGGCUUGUAUUUUGGCACGUCAAGGUAAGAAUUCAUUUCUCACAGUUGGAACUCAUGACGUUGCAUGAUCGAUCAGGCUCAUCAUGAAAUGUCUCUUUAUUUUGUCCUCCUCCGUCAACGAUGCGCUAGAGUUUCCAUUGUCCGAGGUCGGCCAAUCACCAGGUGCCGAAGGGCCACUCCGCAGUACGUACUUUCGACUCAUUCACAAGUUGAGUCAAUAGAACAAACAUCUCAAUAUUGAACAAAGAAGAGCGAUACCCCGUUCAACUUAUCAACUGUGCUUGGUCGAUUCUCUCCAUCGUCACUCUCUGUACAAGCCUCCUGGUCGUUCCAGCAAAGUACCAAGAUGACAUUUCAAUCCCAAGCUGCCGGGCAAAAUGCCCUCUCGCCUGUCGAUAUCAAGCCUCUUCUGACCAAGCUCUGGCCUAACGGGUCUGCUGUCUCUCCUCAGGAGAUUGCCGAGGCCAUCUCUCACUUUUUCACAAAUCAGGUCACUGAGGCUCAAACAGCUUCUCUUCUCAUGGCAUUGCAUUUCACAAAGCUUGAUUUCAGAGCUGAUGUUUUGGCCGAGUGCGCCCGUGUCAUGCGAGAGGCCGCUGCAACUAUUCCUGUAGAGGAGCUGAAGGAAGUUAUUGAACGAAGAGGGCGAAAAGAGGGAGCUUACAAUGGCGGAUUGUGUGACAUUGUUGGAACUGGAGGUGAUGGCCAUGAUACCUUCAACAUAAGCACCACCUCAUCCAUCCUAGCCUCAGCCUUGCUCAUGGUUUCCAAGCACGGUAACAAAGCCAGCACCUCAAAAUCUGGCAGUGCUGACUUGGUCGCUUGUAUGAAACCUCAGCCUCCCAUCAUCAGCGCCGUCCGCCCUGACACUUUGGUCAAGGCUUACUCUGAGACUAACUACACUUUUCUGUUUGCCCCUGUGUUCCAUACUGGUAUGCGCUACGUCGCGCCCAUCCGCAAGCAGCUGCCUUGGAGGACAGUUUUCAACAAUCUCGGCCCCUUGGCCAACCCUGUUGAAGAUGUGCUUGAAGCCCGUGUCAUUGGUGUCGGCCGAAGGGAUCUCGGCCCGGCAUUCGCUGAGGCGCUGUGCAUGGCUGGUUUCAAGAAGGCUCUCAUCAUCUGCGGCGAGGAAGAGCUCGAUGAAGUCAGCUGCGCCGGUAACACUCUAUGCUGGAGGGUCAACGAGACCAGUGCUGGAAGACUCGAGGUUGAGCACUUCACCGUGCACCCGAGUGACUUUGGUCUGAGCACACAUCCCCUGGAUACAGUGUCAUCUGGUAAAGAACCCUCCGAGAAUGCAGAGAUCUUGUCUCGAAUUCUGCACAAUGAGUUGCCUGACGAUGACCCGAUUCUUGAGUUUGUUCUUCUCAACACUGCGGCUUUGCUCGUGACAUCAGGUAUCUGCGAGUCCGAUACCAGCAACAUGGGUGAGGGGGAUGACGGCAAGGUCAUCACUGAGCGCGGCCCUGGUGGGCAGCGCUGGAAAGAGGGUAUCCGAAGAGCUCGCUGGGCCCUCAAGAGCGGCGAGGCCUGGAGACAGUGGGAAAAGUUUGUCAAGGUCACAAAUGAAAUCGGUGCCUGAGAGAUAGGAAUACGUUAUUAAAACUGAAAUUGUUAUCAUACACAAAAGCUUCAUUCUCAUUACACCUUUAACACACCAGAAGCCGUUCCCGUCGUUUCGGCGCCGCUGCUCCCAUGGUAUAAAUAAUUCCAGUCCUAGUCUAAAGUCAUGCAGAGAUAGAUAUAUUGGUAUAUGUCGUGAUUGUGGGCUUUGCUUCAUGGUCCAUGCUUCAUGCUUUAAGCCUGGCGUAUUAAAAUGCUUUCCCUAUUUCUGGCGAAGCUGGGCUUGUUGUUGAAGUUGAUGUCGUUGGUGAGAGUGGAGAGUAGGGGCUGGUUGAGCUUGAUGAGAAAGAUUGUGGUUGAGGUCGGGACGAGGAGGAUCCAGCGUGAGUUUGUAUUCUCGAACGAUCGACUCCCGGGUGCCUUCGCAUCAGCGUUGAUUUGUUUCGCUGAAUAUCAGCUUCGUAUGCUUUCCAGUCUGUCCUGAGACUCGUAUUUCUAUCCUCCUCUUCAGUGUCAUUUUCAUCGUCCUGUCGCACGGUUGCUCUUGAAGAGGCGCGACUUUGUAAUGACUUGCGAAUUAUUUUGGAUCGCUGAAAAUCUUCCUUU